AUGGUUCGAACAGCAUUCACUGAGGAUGAAGAAAAAAUUAUUCUAACUCGCUUUCUGGAGCGGGGCUAUCAUCUCACAAAUAAGCACAAAGAAAAAGAGGUGAUAAUAACAUCUGUCCGAACUGAGCUUUAUCUAAAACAUGGAAAAAAGUACGAUAAGGAAGCAAUCCAGAAGAAAUUUUGCGACCUGAAGCGGCUUCACCCUGAACUCGUGAAAGAGUAUAGUGAGCGAUUACGCCCAGGUGUUCCUGUUCCUUCUCUUCGACGAAGAAUUUCAAAAAAGAAGGUGGUCGCAGCAACGGGUGUGGAGGAAGAGUCGGCUGAGCAGGCAGAGGAGGAGCAGCCUGGACCAUCGCAGCCAGGGGAUUCCUCUCCCCCACCUCCAGAAGAGGGAGACAUGGAGGUCUACACCCCCAACCAGGAGGGUGUUCCCGUUCCUCCUGUACAGCAAAUGGGUGAGGAGGAAGAGUUGGAGGAGCAGCCUGGACCCUCCACUGAUCGAGGAGGACCAUUACAGCCAGGGGAUUCCUCUCCCCCACCUCCAGAAGAGGGGGACAAGGAGGUCUACACCCCCCAUCAGGAGGUUAUUAGAAAACUUAAAAGGCGUCUCCUUGAGCAGCGGAAAUCAGAAGCCAAGUCAAUGCUGGCUAUAAAAGCAGAAAAAAAAAAAAUAGGCCUACUUCAGGCUCGGUUACACAGGCAUCAGCGUCAGCUGGAUGAUGCUUACAAGAAGCUCGAGGAGCAGAGGAAGAUGCAUAAUGAAGAGCUCCUGGAGAUACAGCAAGAACUACAAAGUUUGCCUUAA